AGUUUCAGUCAGGACUUCCAUCGUGCUGCACCCACAUCUGGCUGAAUUCGGUCACCCCAUUUAGUGGGUGAGAAUUUCUUUGUGUUUUGUCCAAAUGUACUUUCCCCGCACAUUAGAGUAACUUUCCCUUUGGGCAUCCCUGCACUUCCGCGGAAGGACUUUCAAGGCUAAGCUGUGUUUAGUGCUUCGAGUGCAUCGAGCCAGGAAAUUAACACACAUCCCCCACACCCAUAAUUUCGCAAUCAAUAAAUCAACUUUCCCGAAAGUUGUCGUUGAGCAUUUUGUGCAAAUUCCAUCUCGCUUCUUCCGGACUUUUCCACAAAGUGUGGGUGACGGUGCUCUAAUAGAGAGGUUUGAGGUGUCACCCCCCACACAAAGAGAUUUGAGACAAUAAUGGAUUCUGAACGACGAAAUACCGCCACGGAGUUCAGCUAUAUGCUCCAUCGUCAGGGUUCAGAUGACUCUGCCGAAGUGCAUGCUUUUGAUGACAUCAAAUCUCUGAUAAAGAAUGAUGCAGGAGCAAAAUCCGACUCCCUAUCAUCCUUGCCGCAGGCUGCAUUUAACUACAUCAACUCAAUUGUGGGAAGUGGUGUUAUUGGGAUUCCAUAUGCAUUCCACAAAGCCGGAUUUGGACUUGGUCUCAUGCUACUCAUCCUCGUUGCCUACGUAACAGACUACUCUCUCAUCCUCAUGGUGCGCUGUGGCCAUAUGUGUGGACGAUUUAGCUAUCCUGGAAUUAUGGAGGCAGCAUACGGCAAGUGGGGCUACUACCUUCUCUCAAUUCUUCAAUUCACCUACCCCUUCCUCGCCAUGAUCUCGUACAAUGUCGUUGUGGGUGAUACACUGAGCAAGGUCCUGGUACGCUUCAUGCCAACCUGGGGAGCAUCAAUGGGUGCUGUUCGGGCAGCGGUAGUCUUUGUCGUUACCAUCGGUAUUAUUGCUCCCCUUUGUCUCUACAAAAAUGUCUCCCGUCUUGCAAGGGCGAGCUUCCUGAGUCUCGUAUGUGUUGUCUUCAUCCUCUUUGCUGUUGUUUGCAAGCUCAUUUCCGGCGAAUAUAAUGUCGUGUCAGGCACACAGAACUCCUGGGAAUUUGCAAAUGCCGACAUUGUUCCUGCCACGGGUGUCAUGGCUUUCGCAUUUAUGUGCCACCACAACACCUUCAUCAUCUACCAAUCGAUGAGGAAUGCAAGUCUGGAUCGAUGGGAGAGAGUCACGCAUAUUUCAUUGGCUUUUGCAUGGAGUGUUGCUGCUCUAUUCGGCAUUGCUGGCUACUCUAUGUUCCGAUCACUCUCUCAGGGUGAUUUACUGGAAAAUUUUUGCUGGACCGAUGACCUCAUGAACUUCUGUAGGGUUCUCUUUUCCUUCUCCAUCCUCCUCACGUUCCCCUUUGAGUGCUUUGUGUCACGAGAAAUUGUAAAGACGCAACUUCAGCGUUUUAUUACGUCGGAACUACCGGAAUUGGACAAGGAGAAGGAUCCAAGUCAGCAGACGGAAGACAAUGAUCGCCAUUCUAUGAUCAUCACACUCAGCAUCCUCUUUUUGGCGUUCAUAAUUUCACCCAUGACCGAUUGUCUGGGUUCCGUAUUGGAACUCAAUGGUAUCUUGGCAGCUAUUCCACUGGCAUACGUCCUCCCAGGACUUGCAUUCAUUCAGCUAGAGCCACAUUCUCUCUACAGUCGCGAAAAACUCCCAGCAGUGGCUCUUGUGACCUUUGGGGUCAUCUUCACAAUAGCUGGAGUUGCUGUACUUAUUCCAGAUAUCAGCAAUAAUGACUGUAAAUCCGACAUUGUUAUGAGUUACUGCAAAAAUGAAUCACAAACCGUGGAAAAUACAACCAUGUCCACCAAUUUUUAAAUCACAAAAAAAGCCAAAGAAAAAACGAAUGGAUUUUUAGGGAAUUGGAAAAUUUUAUCAAAAAAAAUGGCACUAAAAAAAGCUUUAAAGCAGUGUUUGCAAUAGAACGAAAAUUCUUCUUCUAUUUUUUUUUUAAUUACAAAACUGACAAAACUACAGGUAGUUUUAUAAACAAAAAAAAUAUAUAACAAUCUUCUCACCUACCCCACUUUGGACACACUUUUUUGCCAAAAAAUUUCUAUAUACAACACAAGCAUAUGGAUGGAAAUUUCUUUACGCCAAUGUUAAAAGAAAUCAAAAAUGAAAAAAAAAAUAUUGAAAAUUGACUUGAUGGAGAUAAUUUUUGACCAAAGAAAA